GAAGCUGCAAAUAAACAAAGCCUAUGAAUAGAAAAACGCGAAAAAAUCUUGUGAAAAUUUUAUUUUUUUAAUUAAACUGCAACAGAAAAAAACCUAUUUAUACGUAUAAUUAUAAACACAAAGUAAGGCAUACAAUAUGUCGAACAGCAAUACCGAUACGGGUGAUACUUUUCUAUCGAAUGAAAUGAACCAAUGUCUGAAUGAAACUUCACCUCUAACCACCGCUGCCGCUACUACUGCUGCUGAACCCAUAAUAUCCAAGGGAAAAUUAAUUACCAGUAAUAUAGAGCCCAUCGAAUGCGUGACACUUAUUAGCGAUGAUUCCGAUACAGAACCAUCACCAAAACGCAAACCGGCCGGCGGAGGAGGUAGUUUAAAUAAUAGUGCUAUAAAAAAAGGAACCGGUGAUGAGGAUUCCAAUGAUGCCCAGAGAACAGCCGAAGAAAGACGCACUAGUAGACGCAUUAAGCCUCGUGUUGAUUAUACUAAUAAAACGACUACCAAUAGCACUAACGACGAAAAACCCUCUACUCCCUCAGGUAAUUUGGGUAAUUCCUUGAUGGGUUCGAGUACUAAAUCUGAAACAAAGAAUAAAAAAUCCGACUCUUUAAAAAGUCCAUUUGCCAAAGAUAUAUCAGAUCCCCGAGAAGCAGCCGCAGCAGCUGCUGAAGCUUAUAAAGAGAUUUUGACCGGACUGGAAGGUGCCGCCUUUCAGUCGCGUUUGCCGUUUGAUAAAAUGACUUCUAAUGAGGCGGCCUGUUUUCCAGAUAUCACCAAGACAGGGCUAGUGGCCCAAAGAGUGUUCCUUAAUAUACGCAAUCGUCUAUUGCAAAUGUGGAUUGAAAAUCCCAAACAACAGCUGAUAUUGGAAAAUGCCAUUAAGGAUAUGGAACCGCCCUUUGACAGUGAUCCUAAUUUAGUAAAACGCAUACAUUCCUUUCUGGAACGCCAUGGUUUCAUUAAUUUUGGUAUUUUCAAGCGUUUGCGUGCUAUACCCACCAAAAAGCUGGGCAAAGUUAUUGUUAUAGGAGCGGGCAUUUCAGGUUUGGCAGCCGCCCAACAACUGCAGCAAUUUGGCAUGGAUGUUAUAGUUCUAGAGGCUAGAGAUCGUGUGGGCGGACGCAUAGCUACCUUUCGCAAGAACAACUAUAUAGCUGAUUUGGGUGCCAUGGUGGUAACGGGCGUUUGGGGCAAUCCCAUGACCAUCUUAAGCAAACAAGUUGGCAUGGAAAUGGUUCCUAUCAGACAAGCUUGUCCUUUAUAUGGUGCUGGGGGCAAACCAGUACCCAAACAUAAGGAUGACAUGGUGGAGCGGGAAUUUAAUCGUCUUUUAGAAUCGGCCAGUUAUUUGUCACAUCAAUUAGACUUCAAUUAUGCUGGCAAUAAUCCUGUCUCUUUGGGUCAGGCUUUAGAGUGGAUUAUAAAGUUACAGGAAAAAGCGGUCAAGGAGAAACAAGUACAAUAUUUAACACAUCUGUGUGAGGCACAAAAGGCUAUUUUGGAAAGUCAAAGAAAAUUGUCCGAAGUUUUGGCACAAAUUAAGCAUUUGAAACAGUUGCAUGCUAAAUUGCUGCGCACGCGUCCUCCACGCAGCGGUGAGUCAGACAACGCAGCGGUAGAGCAUGAAUUUGAGACUCGAUCUACUUACUAUGAAUGGACCAAGGCAGGUAAAUUGUAUGAAGAACUAAAGAAAGAAGAUGAAAUUUUGCAAAAUAAACUUAAGGAUUUGGAAUCAAACCCGCCAAGUGAUGUUUAUUUAUCAUCAAAAGAUCGUCAAAUAUUAGAUUGGCAUUUUGCCAAUCUUGAAUUUGCCAAUGCCACACCCUUAAGCAACUUGUCGCUCAAACAUUGGGAUCAAGAUGAUGACUUCGAAUUCAUUGGCAAUCACACCACCGUGCGUAAUGGUUAUUCCUGUGUACCCAUAGCUCUGACCGAAGGUCUCGAUUUACGUGUCAAUACUGGUGUUAAGACAAUCAAAUAUUUUCCUACCGGAGUGGAAAUUGUGGCCGAGAACUUGAAAACCAAUAACUCCUCAGUAACCUAUAAAGCUGAUUUGGUAUUGUGUACCCUAACACUGGGUGUAUUGAAAAUAGCCACCGCUAAAGUGCAAUCUCAGCAGUCGAACACGGUGACGUUUGAACCGCCCUUGCCGGAUUGGAAACAACAGGCCAUACAGCGUUUGGGUUUUGGCAAUUUAAAUAAAGUGGUUUUAUGUUUUGAUCGUAUAUUUUGGGAUCCGAAUACAAAUCUGUUUGGACAUGUGGGCAGUACUACGGCCAGUCGUGGUGAAUUGUUUCUAUUUUGGAGUAUAUCUUCCUCACCGGUGCUGUUGGCUUUGGUGGCGGGACAGUCGGCCGCUAUAAUGGAAAACGUUUCCGAUGAUGUUAUAGUGGGCAGAUGUAUUGCGGUUUUGAAAGGCAUUUUCGGCAAUGGUUCGGUGCCCCAGCCCAAAGAAACUGUGGUAACACGCUGGCGUGCUGAUCCCUGGGCCAGAGGUUCUUACAGUUUCGUUUCGGUAGGCUCAUCGGGCAGUGAUUAUGAUCUAUUGGCCGCUCCCGUUAUACCACCAAAUCCUACUAAUCCGAAUCCCAAUCAAGAACUAGAUGAACUACCUCGCCUGUUCUUUGCCGGUGAACAUACGAUACGCAAUUAUCCGGCCACCGUGCAUGGUGCAUUUUUAAGUGGCCUACGCGAAGCUGGCCGCAUAGCUGACUAUUAUUUGGGUUAUCCGGAGGGCACACCAACGGAUAUUGGCUAUUCUGUGGUGGAAGCUGCCAACACUGCCUCUGUGGGUGAUACUGUCGAUUUAGUGGAUAUUGCUCAUUCUUCUGACUCAUCUUCUAAGACUUCCGAUGAAAAAUCCAAUCCUGCCGAUUCCAAUGAGUGAGAUUUUCUAUAUAUAUUUUUCUUUAGUCUUCUUCCAGAAAUAAGUUUUGCAAUCUUUGAUUUGUUGACUUUGUUAUAAUAGUUUUUAGUUUUUUUUUUACAUAUUUGUAUACCUUAAAUUUAUGUUAAUUUUUUUUUUUCUCAUUAUCUUACGUAUUCUGCUAUUUUUCCAUGACUGUAUAUAGAAUUUAUAACGAAACCAGGUUUCGCUGAAUUUUAAUAAACUGGUAAUAAUUAAUGUUUUAAUAUAUGUAUAUUUAAAAAAGAAAUCUAAAUGUGAAGUAGCAGCAUAUAA